AUGUCGUCUUUUAAUACUUGGCCAAAUAGAGAAUUGCCAAUGCAACCAUCUCAUCAUCAUCAUCAUUCCAAAGGAAGUAUUCAAAAUUAUUAUAGAUAUCCAACGGAUAUUCACCAACAAGGGAGAUACACCCAACACUCUCAUGAACCCGUACAAUCUUUGAUUCACAGUAGUAGGACAUCAUCUACUUCGUCGUCUCCUACUCCAUCACCAACUCUAAAUUAUUGGGAUGGGGCAGAAUAUUUUAAUACUGCUCAACAAUUGGUAAAUGAUAUGGGUCUAAAAUUAAAUCAUCCAUCAACAAUGACAAAAUAUGAAUAUAAAUUAUUUUUGGCAUCAAUUCAAGAUGAAAUUGAAUCAAUUGAAAUGAAUAUGUAUAGAUUAUUUAAAAACAAGGAUAAGGAUUCACAAAAAGUUCCUUCACUUUCAAAGGAAUAUUCAAUUAGUUCAUUGAUUACACCAGAUACAGAGGUUCAGAGUUAUAGUAGUCAAUCGUCAAGAGAUCAAUUUAUUUGUUCUGAUUUUAGUGAUGCCGAUUUUGAUGAUUUUCCAGACUCUCAAGAUGAGGAAGAGACCUCUCGACCAUUUAAAUAUCAUAAGGCAGUUGGUCCAUCUCCUUGUCCGUCACCAUUGCAGUCUACUCAAUCCUCUUCUAGUAGUUCUACUACAAAUGGUGGAAAUCCAAAUACUGAAUGGGUUACACAGAUGCUCAUGACACUCACUGAUCAACAUGCACAUCAUCAGCCCAAAUCAUCAAGAUCGUCAACCCCUCCUCCUUCAAUUGAUUGUACUACUCUUGCCAAUACAAAAUCAAAACCAAUCUCUGGUGUAGUACCCUCCUCUUCUCCAACUGCUCAAUACCAACCAAUAGCUCCAAACCCAUUCCAAUUAAUGAAACUCCAACAACAACAUCAACAAUUUCAACAACAACAACAACAACAACAUCAAUUAAAAAUUCACAGGGAUGAUUCUAUUAAUAGAAAUCCAAAAGUUUUCCAUCAAUAUCAACCAUCAUCAUCAUCAUCAUCCAGACCAUAUCAACAACCAAAUCAACCGAACCAAUUAAUCCCAUCACCUCCACCACCUCCACAGUCAUAUCUAUCACAACCCAAUUCACCUCCACAAUCAAUAUCAAACAUACAUAAUAAUAAUAAUAAUAAUAAUAAUAAUAAUAUGAUGAAUAAUAAUAAUAAUAGUAAACAAUUUGUCUUUUAUCAAUUUACACCAAAUGAAAAUAAGAAAUUGAUUCCAUCAGAAGUAAUUGAUCUUGAUCAAGAUCACUUUCAACAACAACAACAACAACAAUCUGAUGGUGUUGACAAUUCCAACAACUAUUUAUCACCUGACAAUUCAUUCGAAGAUGACCAAACAACCGAAUCCGUACUAUCACCAGACAAAUCAAAGGCAAGCAGCAGCUGCGUUGGCAGUCCAAUAAGCAACGACCAGCAACAACAACAACAACAACAAUCAGCAGCACAGAUGCUGAAAAAGAAACGAGGCAAACUACCAGGAGAAGCCACAUCAAUUCUCAAAAAUUGGUUGUACCAACACAACAACAAUCCAUACCCAACCGAAGAUGAAAAGGUAGAUCUCUCCCAAAAGACCCUACUCUCUUCCAGUCAAAUCAAUAAUUGGUUCACCAAUGCCCGUCGUCGUAUUCUUCCACGUCAAAACCAACACCAACAAUUCAAAAAAGGAUUACAGUUUCCACUUCAUCAUCACCAUCAACAACAACAACAACACACCGAACAAUAUCCUUAA